AUGGCUGUCAACUUGGAUUCUUCGAGUGAUGCUGAACCGCAGCAGCCUCGCCGCAAUGCUCGCCAACGUGCCCAACAAUGGAUUGCCAAGGGUGGCCUAGUCCGCGAAGACUCAGACGACGAAUUGGGCGACGAGGACCACCCAUGGGACUGGGUAUAUGCCGACAAUGAAACUGAAACAGAGGAGAACAACACUGCAAGCCCGGAAAAAUCCAACCGACGACGAUCGUCCCGCCCGGCCAGGAAGAAGCGCGCGAUUGUCGCAGCUCGCAUGGGAUCAUUCGAAUGCAGGAUCGGCGACAUCGUGCUAUUGAAGUCACCGGAGGCUGGCAAGGACUGGGUGGGAAUAUUAAUGGAGUUCCUGGAGGAGGAGGAUGAAGAUGGAGAGGAUGAGAAGAUUAAAUCGGCCAGCAUUAUGUGGUUCGCUUCUCCCGACGAGUUUCUCUCGACAAGGAACAAGCGCAGAGCUGAUGCGUUGCCCAAUGAGCAAUACCUGACUCAAGACUUCAACACAAACCCCCUCUACUCCAUUAGUGGCAAGGCCACAGUUAUGUCGAAAGACGCUUUCUUUGCGAAAUACCCCAACGGGGAACCUCCCAAGGACAAAGCUCAGCUGGCUGAGUACAACAAGUGCAUUGUCUGCCGCAGAGGUGUGAAUCAGCUCCAAGGGCGAUAUACAGAAGAAUUCAUCUGGGAGGAUGUAUACCGAGAUGGUGAUAUUCACGGCCUUAUCGCAAUGAUUAAGGAUGGACUCAAAGCAGCCAGAAAACGCAAGGCCACUGACUCUGACUGUGUCGAAACCAAGGACGAGAGCGCAGCACCAGCAACCCCGAGAAAAAAGCAACGAGUGGCCUCAAAUGCGACACCCAAGUCCCAGCGGAAGAAGUCAUUGACUACACCAACACAUAAGAGAAUCGUGAUCAAAAAGCCUCUUGAAUUUACACCGCUGGGUACCCGUGUCCUCUCGAAAGAUCACUUUGAUUCGCCGUAUCGCCAAGCCCGUACACUGUUGCAUGUGUCCACCGUUCCGGAAUCCCUGCCAUGCCGGAAGAAUGAAUUCAAUGAAGUCUACAAUCAUCUUAGUGCAGCCAUUAUGGAGGGUACAGGGGCUUGUAUCUAUAUCUCAGGUACCCCAGGUACUGGCAAAACGGCCACCGUCCGAGAAGUAGUGGCUCAAUUGAACGCGGCUGUGGAAGCUGAGGAGAUGGACGAUUUCAUUUUCUGCGAAAUCAACGGCAUGAAAAUCACAGACCCGCACCAAGCAUACUCAAUGCUCUGGAAAGAAUUGAAAGGAGACCGAGUAUCGCCUUCUCAUGCAUUAGAUCUGCUCGAACAGGAGUUCUCCCACCCUUCACCUCGCCGGGUAUCCUGCGUCGUGCUCAUGGACGAGUUGGACCAGCUGGUCACCAAAAACCAGUCUGUCAUGUACAACUUUUUCAAUUGGCCUGCUCUCCGCCACUCGCGGCUUAUUGUUCUGGCCGUGGCCAACACCAUGGAUCUUCCUGAACGAACACUUAGCAACAAGAUUUCCAGUCGUCUCGGUCUUACCCGUAUCACAUUCCCAGGAUACAAACAUACCGAUCUGAUGGAGAUUAUCGGCACACGACUAGCAAAUGUACCAGGCAACAUCGUUGAGCCAGAUGCUGUCCAAUUCGCCAGUCGAAAAGUUGCUGCCGUCAGCGGUGAUGCUCGUCGCGCACUAGAUAUCUGUCGCCGUGCGGUCGAAAUCGCCGAACAAGAAGCUGAAGAAGCCGCUGCUGCGGACUCCAUUAUUCCAGAAGAGGACGAAGAUGUACCUCCCACACCCAGCAAGACCCCUGCCCGUAACAAAUCGCUCGCCGCAGAAUCAGCCAACUCUCUUGCGCUGAAGCCAAAGCCUGGCAAGGGAAAACCAGGCCGUGUCACAAUUGCUACCAUUAAGCAAGCUAUCCAAGAAGCUACAUCCACCCCACUUCAGCAAUCCCUCCGCUGCCUCCCACUCUCAGGCAAGCUUUUCCUAGCAGCACUUCUCGCCCGCGUCCACCGCACCGGCAUCACGGAAUCAACAUUCGGCGAUGUCCUCGACGAAGCACGCCGCAUCGCCGACGCAGCUGUCGCAGUCGCCGGUGCUGCCGGUGCGGUAGUGAAGGAAUUCCUGCUUGGUGGCGGGUCUACUGCUCGAGUGCGUGCCCUAGGUUUUGCAGCUAUGGAGCUGAUGAAUUCGGGCGUCGUGGCCUUGGAACAGGGUACCGGGUCGAAGAAUUUGCUAGGUGGUUCCACGAUCCCAACACGUGGUGACCGGACAAGUAAGAUCAGGCUUCGGGUCGCGGCGGAGGAUGUGCGAUCUGCGUUCCGAGAGGAUAUCGAGGCUAAGAGCUUUGGAUUAGGAAUUGACCUGUAG